GGUUAUAGCGCUUAGGCAAGUUUGUUAUUACUUUCGUCACCACGAAGAGCUAAAUUUGUUUAAUUGAAAUGACUGGAAUAUUGUCCACUUUGUGCAUUCUCAAAUUGUGAUUUAUUCGUGUGACUUUUUAUUCUAAUCGAUGGGAACAGUGUAGUUGAUAAAAUGGACAAAUCUGAACAAUUGGAGGCAGUGAUAAACUCGCAAAAGGAGCAACUAUUGCGCUAUGAAAAACGUCUUAAAGAUGUAGUCACUGCUUACAAAGGCUUGCUGAAGGAAAAAACUGCGUUGGAAUCUAGCUUAGAAGCGUUCACCAGCGGAAGAAGUGAAAAUGGCUCUAGUGUCACGUCUAAAUCCGAGAGUAAAUCAGCAAAGACAUCUCCCCCAUCUGAUAUGGAUACUGGUAGUGAAGUAGCAAAAGAUCUCCGCGAACAGAUCGCUACAUUGAUGAAUUCUCUGGCCACAUUGACUGCUGAAAAAAGUCGUAUGGAAGCCUCUUUUAAGAAUGAUCGCAAACAGUUGCGAGAGGUCAUAGCAGAAAAAGAAGCGGCUGUUAGAGAUCUGGAGGAACAGGUCAAGGGUUUAAACUAUACAAUUAAAACCGAUUUAGAAUCUUGCAAGGCCAAAUUGAUACAUGAUCGAGAGGAAGAAAUAAACAAUAACUCACUAAUGAUAUGUGAAUUGCAGAAACAAUUGCAAGAUGAGAGACACUUAAACGAAACUCUAGAGAUGCAACUGCGGGAUCUGAAAAUUCAAUUUAACCAGAAACAUUCCGACCGACGAGUGAAUGAAAUGCCACAGGCAUAUGAACUGGCCAAACAAAACUCCGAACAAUUGGAAAGUUCGAAGAAAGAAAAUGCUGCCCUGUCGAGCUUGCUUCAGCAAUUUCAAGGUGAAAUUGACAAUUUGAAGCGCCAACAUGCUGCAGCUAUCCGGAGCGAACAAAGAAGAGCCCUUACAGCAGAAGAGCGGAGCAAGAAACUCGAACAAGUUCACGAAGAGCGCGUUGCCAAUUUAGAGGCUAGGUUGGCUGAGCUCAGCGAAGUAGUGGGAACAUACGAUCGAUUAAGACAACAGGAUCAAGAUAAUAUCUCUAAGCUGAAAGAAAAGUUGUCGAAGCUCAAUUUGGACAGUACUCUGACUAGACGCGUUAGCCAGGAAAGUAACGUAGAACGAAUUGUUGAAGAAAUAAGUUAUUUAAAAAAAAUGUUAAUAUCGGAGAAUGACAAGUUACAGAAGCCGUUGGAUUUGUCAACACUUUUUACAAUCCAUUCUAUGGCAGACGAAGAAGCCCAACAGCAGACGAACGAGUUGGAAGAUUAUCGUAACUUACAGCGGAGCUAUAAUCAGUGUUUAAAAGACAACGAUUUUCUAAAAGCUGCUAUUCAAACACAUCAGAAUAACACAAAAACCCUCCAAGAAAAGAUCAAGGUACUGAAUAAGAACAUCGAUGAUCUGGAAGUAGAAUACAAGAAUAAACUGAUCGAACAUAACAAUGCAAUGAAAGGAGAAAAGAUUCGCACGCAAGAAAUAGUCACGGCUCUAGAGGCAGAUUUUAAAUCUAAGCUUUCUCAACUGGAAAUGCAACUGAAGAAACAAAGGGAACGAUCCCUGCAACUACUGGAAGAGAAGGAAGAGGAAAUUAAAUCUCUGCGAACAUCGUUCGAUAUUCUGAUGCAUGAUAGUAACCCGCAGCGAGAAAAACGUUCAGAAGGCGACCCGGAUAAUAGCCAGUCUUUCGAAAACUUCCCAGUUGCAAUGUCGAAAAAAAUUAAUGCCCUUAAUUCGGUGUUCAAUCGCAACCCGACCGAACCAAACGCUCAAUAUCACGCGGAAGCGCAUCAUAUUUUGCACUACGCGCAUGAAUUGGCCCGCAAGGAGAUCGAAAUAACUGCACUACGGACAGCCAAAAAUAAUACGGAGGCAGCCCUGCGACAAGCUUUACACGAUAAAGUCGCUUCACAGGAAGAGCUGCACGAUCGGAUUACCUUUUUAGAGGAGCAAAUAGAUCGAUUGGAGCGCUGCAAGUCUAGAGAGGGUGCUAACCUGGAGUAUUUGAAAAAUGUGGUGCUUAGUUUCCUUACGUCUCAAGACGCCGACGGCAAAAAACACAUGAUAAAUGCUAUUGCAGCAGUGCUGGAAUUUAGUGCAGCUGAACUUGCAUCAAUAAAUGGAUUUGACGUUGUUAAAAAGUAGUAUUGUGCAUGUAUAAAUUUUAUCGUAGCUUAGAGGGGUCUACUACGAAAAGCUGAAACUCAAAAGGCUGAAACACGAAAGGCUGAAAUUCGAAAGGCUGAAAUCACGAAAGGCUGAAAACUACAUAAGGCUGAAAACACGAAAGGCUGAAUCACGAAAAGCUGAAAAUCAUAAGGCUGAAAUUCACAAAGUUCAUUUCUAAAAGAACACUCGCGGCCUACGGCCGACUCGAUUGUCCGAGAUGUAUGCUGUCCUUACUCGCUAUCGCUCGUUCGGACUAAGCUAGGGGAUCACCCCUACGAGUCAGUAGACCUAGGAAAACGAACGAACCUAUACAGAGGUGAUUUCUGCGGGGGGCUGCCCCCCCCCCCCCCCGCAGUGUCCGGCGCUUCCGACGGCGGGUCGCCGGCGCACACUCGCGGCCUUCGGCCGUCUCGCCCUGAAUCAUCUAGGAAACGUGUACAAGAGUCAAGUGUGUAUAGAUUCAAAUGUCGCCGAAAAUUAAUUUUCCAUUGCACAAACCAAUUAAUACUCAAACAUUGAACUCUGCACUUUAUAAAGGUAUGUUAUCCAUGUGUCCGAAUUUUUCAACGAUUAUGAUUCAAGUUACAAAAGUUUCAGCCUUUCGUUCAUUCAGCCUUUUGUGGUUUCAGUCUUUUGUGCAUUCAGCCUUUCGUUAUGAAACAUACUUUUCAGCCUUUCGGGUUUCAGCCUUUCGUUACUAACCCGUUUAGAGUUACUAUCCCAGUUAGAAAAAUUUUGACGAAUAAAAUUAACAUGUAUAUGGUCCAUACUUGGUA